ACCUUCUUACAUUCUGAAGCUACAAUCUGCAAAGAUACAUCUAAAAGUUCAAAGCUUCAAGGAUGCAUAUGGCGAUCAAACAAAUACACAAUAUACCGCCAAGAACGGCUCUACUGGUAAUAAUUACCGUCUUUCUAUUCGAAGAAUCAAGGGCUCUAGAGGGAAAUUUCCAUGUUAGAUACGAAUCAUGGGUAGAAAAAUAUAAAACAAGUAAUGAUCCUCCUCGAUACUGCAAAAGCUGUUUAGAGUUGGCUGAGAACAAGGCCAGGUCGUUUUCAUAUUACAGUCAGAUGGAGAGGGAUGCGGUCGUUCUUAUCAAUUUAUACACACAGAAUAUGACUGAUGAUAAAAAAAUUUACAAGCACCUGAAUUCUCAAUUACGAAGCGGUCAUCUUACACAGUUGAUGAGAGAAUAUAAGGAACUUCUAGGAAUGUCAAUAACAAUGCUGUCUUCAAAGUCAAGAAAAUGCUUCAAUACUGUAUUCAGAGGCACCAAUUGUCAAACUAUAGGUAAAGGGAAACAGGAGCAUGUCUUCCCAGAAUUCCUUAGUACAAGUACAGAUGUUGAUAUUGCUUUUGAUUUCGGGUUCGAUGGUUCUGCCUGUAAAGAACUCAUUGUUAUUAAAAAUGUUAUGCAUAAGCAUGGUCUUUUUGUCGAGCCGUAUUCUGAUUUUCCUGACGAGGGUGAAGUUUUGCUAAAAAGUAGCACUAAGAUCAGAAUAACAAAAUACUAUGAUGGUAAAUCAGACUUUAAUGACAAAAGUCGCAUUAAAAAUGUGACUACGCAUUUAGGUUUAAGCAGUGAUGUUCAAGUUUAUGUUGAAGGAUUCGUAGUAGAUAAUAAAAGAAGGAAAAAAAGAAGCAUAGCAUGUUUAACAAAUUCGUCUGACACACCGCAUCCCUACAUACAAAUGUGCAUAAUGAUGAUUGCAAUAUUAAUGAAGUUCAAUAUCUUUUGAUACAGACCCGUAACAACGGUUUUCAAAGAGAAGGGCUUCGAAAAAAGCCGACAAUCAAGCCAAAAAAAGGUACACUCUUCAAACAGUAAAAAUCUCUAU